AAUUUUGAACGAGUUUUUUCCGGGCCAGUUGCCGCCGGCUACACUUCAUUCAUAUUUCAUUGAGUUGAGUUGAGUUUGAGCUCAACGUGCAGGUGGAGUCUGUGCCCAAAUUUCAAGUUGUGUCCGCCUAUAGAGGACUAUAACGCGCAUAAAUGGAAGGCUUCGAGUAUGUGGUUAAUCCACCGGAGAUACCGACGGUUGCCUUUGGCAGAAAAAUCAAGAGGUCGCCCAGCGGCACGUUCAUCGGCGAUAGAGACAUCGAGCCGCCCCCAGGACCAAGUCCAUUCACGUAUGAAUGUGUAAAGGAAAUCGGUUUCAAGUAUCCAUCGAAGGCGGGGUUCUCGGCGCUGGCCAGCAAGUCGUCCCGAUUGCCAGGGGUUCGGGACUUGGGCUAUCCCCCACUGGGCACCUAUGACGUGAGGUAUACGCGCACCCAGCAUGUCUACACCUUCAACAAGCAGGAGCUCAGCAAAGAGCCCAAGUGGCUGACGCCUGGGCCUCCCACCUACCCGUACAACCUGAAGUAUCCCCAGCUGAAUGUGGAUAUGGCGUUUGGAACCCGGAAAAUCAUCUGGCCGGCGGUGGCCGUCUUCUGUGGCGCCUUCAACACCUCGCUGUGCAUGGUGUGUGGCGAGCGGCCGGUGGGCGACUACUUCCAUAGCUUCAACAGCGACAAGGACAUAUGCCGCAAGUGCAUGCAUGCCACGGAGGCCGUGAUCAGGAAGUGCGACCUUGGCGUGGUGCAGCGAUGCAUGAAGCGGCGCGAGAUGAAGCAGUUUGUGCCCGCCCGCAGCUGCAGCUUCUUCCACGACCACAACGGCACCACCGCCGCCACGGAGCGGACCACGCGCAAGGAGCUGCGCGACAAGAUACGCGUUGAAAAUUAUUUGUAUCGCUUUACCCAGAAGACCGUUUAGAAAAUAGAAUAAUAGAAAUACAUCAGACCACCGGAAUGGCGGAUU